AUGUCCGGGCAGAAGCUGGUGGCGAUCAUCUCCGAAGCGGCGUCGGCGGGCAUUUCCCUGCAGGCCGACCGAAGGGCGAAGAACCAGAAGCCCCGCGUCCACAUCACCAUGGAGCUUCCAUGGAGCGCGGACAAGGCGGUGCAGCAGCUGGGCCGCUCCCACCGGUCUAACCAGAGCUCGGCGCCCUCGUACAAGCUCCUGCUGUCCAGCGUCGGGGGCGAAAGGCGUUUCGCCUCCGCAGUCUCCAGCAGGCUGGAGUCGCUCGGAGCGCUCACGCAGGGGGACCGGAGAUCUGCCGGAGCGCACGGGCUCGGUCUGUCGGCCUUCAACAUGGACACCAAGUACGGCCGCCUGGCCCUUGAGAAGGUGCUGCUGGCGGCGAUCCGCCGCAUCCAGCCGGAGGUGGUGUUUCCCGCCCUGCCCGAGGGAGAAGACACCAAGAGCCUGCCUUUGGUGCUGGAGUCCGACAUGGCGGACAUGUUGAUGAGGUACGACUCAGCGGCGGCGAGCACCAUGGUCAACAGGGACGAAGACCGAAGAGUCACGCCAGAGGAGGCGACGAGGGUGUGGCUCAACGAGGUCGGUCUUGAGCUGCCCGGGAGGUUCACGACCGACUCCGUGAGGAUGAAGAAGAUUAGACAGCUAACCGACGUGGGCCGCUUCCUCAACCGACUGCUGGGACUCCAGCUGGCAAGACAGACAUACCUCUUCCAGCUCUUCUCGGACACGCUGGACUCGCUCGUGAUGAAGUCGAGGGCGGAGGGGGCCUACGACGAGGGCAUCUGCGAGAUCAAGGGGCGCGUACUGACCUUCGAGGGGGACCCGGAGGAUGAUGACGGGGUUAUUCACGAGAGCACCAUCGCGGUGGUAGAUCCAGCCAGCAAGAAGGAAUCGCUCGCAGACAACGACGACGACGAGGCCAAAAAGCGCGGCAAGGCGGUUAAGGCUGAGAUGGCCGCUGAAGGGGCUGAUGGGGACAAGGACGGCGCAGGCGCUAAGGGCAAGGUCAAGGACAAGAAGGAGAAGCAUUCGUCGCGGACCCUGGUUGUGCCUACGCUCCGCUACAAUAUCCAGGUGGACCGAGGCGUGCCGUUCUCGAUGGGGCUCAGCCUGAAGCAGCAAGCGGACACCGUCGCCUCCACUGAAACCGCCCGCUUCGAGGCCAAGGAGGCAGAGAUCAAGAAAGCGUCCCAAAAGGCCGGAGACGCCGAGGCCCCCACCCCGGACAAGGGCAAGGGUAAUAGCAGCAGCAGCAGCAGCAGCAGCAGCGGCGGCAGCAGCCAGGCCAAGAAGAAGAAGGACCCCGAGGCGCGCGCGCGGCGCAAGGAGCUGAGCAAGGUCAAGUCUACCUUGGGCCGACUGCAACGUCGGGUUGACGGGUUCUGGUACUCCAAGUUCCCCUUCGCGGGGGCCAGCGGGUUCCGCAAGCGCGUUUUGCUGGCGAUGGAGAAAGACGUUACCCUUGCGGGGGAACUCGCCACCGACCGCAUCCGCGUGUACCGGCCUCUCACUGGGGCGAAGGACUACAGCCGGGCCAAGCUGAGGGAGAGCUACGAGAAAGUCUCGGUGGACAAGGCCAGGGGGUACUGGCGCGAGGAGUACAGCGGGGAGCGAAACGAGAUUCGUUUCAAGCACUUCGUCAUCCUCGCGGGAAGUGUCCUGCCCGUCUGGCGAAAGGUCGAAGGUGUGCUGAACGCAAACACGCACACCCAGCACGAGCGGCGGCUGCGCAUCGUCCGCGCCACCGAGAAGGAAGACGAGUGGGACAACAUGCCUGACGACGACGGGACCGGCGGGAACGGGCAAGAAGGCGGCGGCAGCGGCAGCGGUGACGGCGACAAAGAGGGCGCCGGCGAGAAAGCAGACAGCGCCGGCGGAGAGGCUUCCGGGGACAAGGCGACUGGAGACAGCAGCAGCAAGGAGGACGAGAAGCCGUGCUGCGAGGUCUGCGGAGGGAGCCAGGACGUGGGGGACUCUUCGGGCGAGGAGGAGGAAGCGGCAGCAGAGGUGGUGCCCGCCGGUAAGGGGAAGGGUAGGGGCCGCGCUCGGUCGGUCCGCGGCAGUGGUUCCGCCGCCGCGGCUGCCGCUGCUGCUGCUGCUGCUGAGAAGGAGGAGGAGGAGGAGAAGGAGGAGGAGAAGGAGAAGGAGGAGGAGGAGGAAGGCAGUGGCGAGGAGGAGGAAGGCAGUGGCGAGGACGAGGCCGCCUCUAGUGGGAAGAAGAGGGAGCGAGCAGUGGCAAAGAAAGGCGGAGGCAGAGAUGACGACGACGAAACCACCAGCGAAAGAGACGACAGAGGUGGUGAUGGUGAUUCCGACACGGAGUCCAGGGAGAGCGUGAUGGAGUCCAGGGAGAGCGGGGACGAGGAUGAAGCUGGAGGGAUGCGCGCGAGGCUUCGCGGUUGCCGCACCGCCGCCGCCGCAGCAGUUAAAGAGGACGAAGAGAGCGACGACGAGCCGCCUUCCUCAUCGUCUGAGGAAGCAGAGGGGGGCGCCGCGAAGAGGAGGGUUACGAGGUGCCGGGGGGGGAGGGCGCCGGUGUUCGGGAAGGGGGAGGGGAAGCUGCUGGCCUGCAGGGAGGAGGGCUGUGGGAGACGGUUCCACAUGGGGUGCCUCAAGCCUCCCCUCUCGAGGACUCCGAAGGAGGGGAAGUGGUCGUGUCCCAUCUGCCGCAAGAGGACAGCACACUUGGAGCGAGAGGCCAAGGCCCAGGCCAAGCGAGACCAGAAGAAGCGGGAGCUUGCGGCCAAGUUGGCCAAGUCGCCCGUCAAGACGAUCAAGCUGGAAGCGACGGACGGACCUCGGAACAUAAUCGGCAUCAUCCUCCCGGAACGGUCGGUGGAGAGCGUGUGCGACGCCCUUCGCGGAUACGAGGCCGAGCUUGAGAAGCAGCGCGAGGCCGGGGAAAGAAGGGAGAGGGAGGAGAAGGAGGCCCGGGAGGCCGCGGAGAGGGAUCGCCAGGAGGCCAAGCGCGCGCAGCAGGCCAUGAAGCUCGAAGAGCGCAACAAGCAGAAGGGCAAGGUUGGCGGGGGCGGAGCCGGAGCCAGAGGAGACGUGAAGAGGGAAGAGGAGGCGAAGGAAGAGGAGCAAGACGGAGGUGCCCCUGUGCUGUCUUCGCUGGACGGGCGUGGGUCGUUCAACGGGGACCUGGUGCAGCUGCUGCAGGGCGGAGGGGGAUCGCGGGCGGCGAAGAGGACGGCAAUGCAGCAGAUGCAGAGGGACGCACGGGGAGGGGGAGGGGGAGGUCCUGCAAAGACGCGGGCCGGGGAAAGCGGCGGGAAGGGGGCGAAGAAGGCAGCGGGCGGCGGCGGGGGGGGCGCUGGAGGCGUCAAGGAGGAGAUUGGGAAAGGAAAGAGGCAGAAGAAGGGAAGCGAAGACGACGACGAGAAGCCCGUCAAAGAAGAGAGGGAUGCAGGGGGCUCCGCAGAUGAUGGUUCGUCGAGCGAGGAAGAGUACGACGAUCCGUGUCUGGUGUGCGGCGGCCUGGACAACCCCGAUAAGGCCUUGCUCUGUGACGGGUGCGACGGGUGCUACCACGUGUACUGUCUCUCCCCACCGCUGAAGCGCGCGCCCAAGGGAGAUUGGCUGUGUCCCAAGUGCGUGGAAAAGGUCCUCGACGCCAGCGGCGACGACGACGUGCCCGCCAGCGCUAGCACGACAGGCCCAGCAAGGAAAGGCAAAGGCUCCUCUGCCUCGAAGGCGGCCACCAAAGGUGCUUCUGCAGCAGGAGGAGGUGCAGCAGCAGCAGCAGCAGCAGCAGCAGCGAAAGAGGAGGCGCGGAAGGAGAGAGAGCAGCAGGAGAUGCGGCUUGCGGCGUUGGCGGUGCUGGAGGAGUCUUCCGAGGAUAACGAGGAACUGGCCAACAACGCUAACGGUGUGGUGGGCGCGAACGAGUCGGGAGAAGAGACAGAGUCGGAUGGCCCCGAUGCUACGGCUGCCCGACGUGGCGAUGAUGCCGGCUCUGAUGCGGAGGCGGACGGGACCGAAGAAGAGGAGGAAGAGGAUAUCUGCCUCGUCUGCUGCGAGGUGCGCGAUCCGGACAGGAUCCUCCGGUGCUCCAGUUGCUCCGGGGGGGGCAGCGGCAUGGGGAUAUACCACAACGAGUGCCUCCCGAAGCCCCUGGACUCCAUGCCCGCUGAGGGUGAGUGGGUGUGCCCCCGCUGUGUCACCAAGAAACGAAAACAUGGGGGUUCUGGCGCGGGAGGCUCCAAGUCCACAGCCGGCAAGAAUAAGGGCGGCGGCAAGGACGGUGGAAGCAACAAGUCCGCCGCCGCCGCCGCCGCCGCCGCAGCAGCAGCAGCAGCAGCAGCAGCAGCAGCAGCAGCAUCAAAAAAGAGGAAAGUUUCCUCUCGGGGGGGUGGAGGUGGCGGUGGUGCGAGCGGGGGCAGGGAAGAGGGGGGCGGGACGAAGAAACCACGGCGAGCGUGGUCGGCGAGUAUGGAGGCUCUGCUCGCCACCGCGGUCAAGAAGGUGGGCGCGGGCAAGUGGAAGGAGAUGGAGGAGGACCCCGAGUUCGACUUCGAGGGCAUGCCGGCAAACGCUCUCAAGCAAAAAUGGAGGACUCUCUCCCAGAAGCGGCGCAACUGAGCGGGGAGGAAGCGUUUGUUUUUCUUGGUCGAUCGAUCUACUGCUGUGUGAUGGAAUGAUCGGCAAAUUGUUUUGUGGAGAUCACACGUGUGUCGUGACGUUCUAGGUCGUCGAACACACGUGUAAACCAAUGAGGAACCCGGAUGGGUCUCACGGCGGAAGGAAGCCUGCCUCACGACACCCUCAAAUUUUUUACGAGGUAGGUCCCCAGCGGAGAAUGGAGGAGUCCUUGUAACCGUGAUGAGUUUUGGACCUACCGACGGAGUCUAUCGUUCCAUCGAGAGCGUGGUCGUGUGGAGGCUACAGGGCAGGGGGGCGUGGAUUAUAAUAUAGUAGAGGUCCCUGUUGAGUGCCGGUUGAACAGUGCCGGUGCCCGGAAUAGUGCCGGUGUUUUCAGCGGGCACACUCUGAAUUCCCAAGUAAUUAUCAAUGCUUUGACUAGUGCCGUUGAAUUUUCUGCACAGGGGCCUCUACUGCUGUACUGACAGAGUUUUUGGAUGACGUCGGUAUCGAGAAAACCUUGGGCUCGCUGGACGCCGCUGCAGCCGCAUCGCGUGAAGAUUGAGGGUGCAUGAGCAUGGCCGUUGUUUCGAUUCCUGGGGUGGGGGGGUGCAGACAUCGGGCUGCCCACUCGUUGGUCGAUGUUGGAGGGCAUUGUGUAGAACCCCUCCCUGGUACUUGAGCACUUUACCGUCAGCGCAACACUUUUGGUGAUCGAUGGGCAAUCGGAAAGGGCGACUGGGGCGGGGCUAGUUAGAUGGCUGCCGUUCCACGAGGCGAUCACGCCUCGUGAAGGACAGUGCAAGUUGUAAUUUAGUGGGCAGUCACGCUUGGGGUUCAGCGGGGAACGCUUUUUUUGCAAGCGGGGAUUAGUGUAGAACAGUGUCUGUGUGAUGAUUUGAAAAAUAGGAUGUUAGUGUUUCUGUAGUUUUUUUAAGCGUCCAUCGCCAAGGAACGAAGCUUUCUAGCGCCAACAUCAAGCAGCGAGUGCUAAUUAGAACUCGGGACUCGUGAAUUAGAAG